UGUCAUUCCUCUAUCACCGCGAGGAAUAGAUUCAUAUCGAUUUUAAUCAGAGAUAGAAAGAUCCACAAAAAAAACACCCGCAAAGCAGAUAGAGACAGACGGCCAGAGCGAGAGGAGGACUAAAUGAAGCCGGAGGGAAAGAGUCGCGGAGUUCAUCUCAGCCGGGAUGUUGAGCUACAGGCUGAGCGGCUGCAGAGAGACAUGCAUGCAGUAACACAUGCAUGCAUUUAAGAACCAUUUCCCUCAUGCAUUUGGUUUGUUUUGACAUCUUUUCGUCGUUCUGCAGCUCUCCGGUUGAGGAUAAUUCCGGCCACCGUGGGAUGCUUGACCCUGACCUCCAGCGUUAGUCUGCAGGGAGGUGUGUGAGGACGGAGGAGAUGCUGCCGUUUGGUUCUUGGUGGCGGGGAAACCUGUGAAACAUGAAGGUGGACGUACUGACUUGCCUCGCCCUGGCCGCCGCAAGCCUUGUUUCCAUGGUGACAGCGGGUCGCAACUCUGGACGCAAGAAGAACAAGGAGGUCUUCCUCGGGGAGAACAGCAAGUUCAAAUUCGGAGGGCGUAUUGACCAUAAGCUGAAGAGGCAGGACAGCACCAAAACAUUGCUGAUAAAAACGGAACAGCUUUUGAGGAUCGAGGAGCACGACUUCGCGUUGAGACCAGGCUUUGGAGGUGCAGCCAUCCCCGUGGGCAUCGAUGUGCAGGUGGAAAGCAUUGAUGGCAUCUCUGAGGUUAACAUGGACUUCACCAUUACCCUGUACCUGCGUCAUUACUGGAAGGACGAGCGGCUGUCGUUUCCGUCCAGAAACAAUCAGAGCCGGACGUUUGACUCUCGGCUCGUGAAGAAGAUCUGGGUCCCUGACGUCUUCUUCGUCCACUCCAAGCGCUCCUUCAUCCACGACACCACCAUGGAGAACAUCAUGCUGCGGGUGUACCCCGACGGAAACAUCCUCUACAGCGUCAGAGUGACGGUGACGGCUCUCUGCUCGAUGGACUUCAGCAGCUUCCCUCUGGACACACAGAACUGCUCACUGGAGCUGGAGAGCUAUGCGUAUAAUGAGAACGACCUGAUGCUGUACUGGAAGAAUGGGAACGACUCUCUGAGGACGGACGAGAUCGUCUUGUCUCAGUUCUUCAUCGAGCAUUUCCACGCCUCCAAUGGCCUGGCGUUUUACAGCAGCACCGGUUGGUACAAUCGUCUGUUCAUUCACUUCAUCCUGCGGCGGCACAUCUUCUUCUUCAUGCUGCAGACGUAUUUUCCCACCAUGCUGAUGGUCGUCCUGUCCUGGGUGUCCUUCUGGAUCGACAGGAGGGCCGUCCCUGCACGUGUCUCUCUGGGUAUAACCACGGUGCUCACCAUGUCCACCAUCAUCACCGGUGUGUCCUCCUCCAUGCCUCAGGUCUCGUAUGUGAAGGCGGUGGACAUCUACCUGUGGACCAGCUUCCUGUUUGUGUUCCUGUCUGUCAUCGAAUAUGCAGCGGUGAACUACUGCACCACCCUGGAGGAGAUGAGGAAGAUGAAAAGGGGGAAGAUCCCAUCCACCUUCAACGCCAGCCAGGCGAUGGCGUUCGACGGCUGUUUCCACGACAAUGAUAUUGAGCUGACUCCGUUCUCCCGCAUGGCGCCCACACCGACCUCUGACCCCCUCACGACGCCAACCCUGACCCCAGACAUCCAGCCCAUGGAGGGGACUCGCCUCCACCGGCAGCGGUCCGUGCGUGAGAACGUGGACCUGUUUGUCAGCAACAGCUACAUGAUCGACUCGUACUCGCGCCUGGCGUUCCCCCUGUCCUACCUGCUCUUCAACACCGUCUACUGGAGCAUGUACUCCUGAUGCAGUGCUGCAAACUCUCCCUGAACUCUGCUGCACUUUCACGGAGUGUUAAGUCAGAGAGCAUGCUGGGGGAUUCCUCCUCUCAAUGGAGCUCCACAGGCACUUCACUGAAUUAACUCUUGAUCACAGGGGCCCCUUGAGCGCCGGCUUCAUCGCUAAUCAUGUUCUGUACAAGAGAGAUAAAAGCACUCCAGUUCCUCAGAGUAGGAACCUUUAAUUGUACGGACUUCAAACCUGACAUUUGUCUGUCUGGAGCCGGUUAAGUCAAACAAUGGAAUCUCAUUUGUCUUUUUCUUUUAUAAUCUCUACAUGUGACUCUUAUGUUGUAAUGCUUAAAGAUCUUAUUUCCAAAUAUAAUUGUACUCCAUAUCCACAGGGAAAUAAUAAAUUAGGAUGACAUUCAUGUGAAAAUGCAAUUUUUUGAAAAUCAUUCUCACUCAUAUGAGUUAAGCGAGUGGAGACAUCUGCUGCUGAACAUGUAUUUUAAUGUAUUUUUCUCAUUAAAUUUGUAUCUUGUUCAUGAGUACGUGAAUUUGUGUGUGCUGCAGGGCCAUAUUGUACUUUUAAAAUAUACAUUUAACAACCUUAAGGAAUGUUACAAUUCAAAACUAACACAUCUUCUGUAAGCCUUAUAAGCUGUAACUCAGAUAGUCUUUUUUGUUUGCUAAAUGAUACUCUAUGGGAAGUUUAUGAUUGCAAACUAGCAACCUGCAUAUAUAAUUGCAGGGGUACUGUAAAAAUAUACUUUAAUCUGUAGAAUU